AUGGAAGAGGCUUCCUUACUCAAUCAAACUUCCCUAGUGACACAGUUUCACCUUAGAGGGUUGUCUACAAAUCAGAAGAUUCAGAUAUCUGUGUUUGUCAUAUUCCUCAUUUUCUAUGUCUUGACACUGAUUGGGAACAUCCUCAUUGUCAUAACUAUUAUUUAUGAUCGCCGGCUCCAUACUCCUAUGUAUUUCUUUCUCAGCAACCUGUCCUUUAUCGACGUCUGCCACUCUACCGUCACUGUCCCCAAGAUGCUGGUGGACACCUGGUCAGAGGAGAAGCUUAUCUCCUUUGAUGCCUGUGUGGCCCAGAUGUUCUUCCUGCACCUCUUUGCCUGCACAGAGAUCUUUCUUCUCACUAUCAUGGCCUAUGAUCGAUAUGUGGCCAUUUGCAAACCCCUGCAAUACAUGACAGUGAUGAACUGGAAGGUAUGUGUGCUAUUGGCUGUGGCCAUCUGGUCAGGGGGGACCAUCCACUCCAUUGCCCUGACUUCCCUCACCAUCAAGCUUCCGUACUGUGGUCCUGAUGAGAUUGACAACUUCUUCUGCGAUGUCCCGCAGGUGAUCAAACUGGCCUGCACAGAUACCCACAUCAUUGAGAUUCUCAUCGUCUCCAACAGUGGGUUGAUCUCCGUGGUCUGCUUUGUGGUCCUUGUGGUGUCCUAUGCAGUCAUCCUGGUGAGUCUGAGGCAGCAGAUCUCCGAAGGCAGGCGGAAGGCCCUCUCCACCUGUGCAGCCCACCUCACCGUCGUCACGCUCUUCCUGGGACACUGCAUCUUCAUCUAUUCCCGCCCAUCCACCAGCCUCCCAGAAGACAAAGUGGUAUCAGUGUUUUUCACUGCUGUCACCCCUCUGCUGAACCCCAUCAUCUAUACCCUUAGGAAUGAAGACAUGAAGAAUGCUUUAAAUAAACUAAUGGGAAAGAAAGAAGGAAAAGAAGAAAAAUGA